AUGUCAUUCAGAGACUCCAUCUCCGGUCCCGUUGCCAGAAUCGUUGUCGGGUCUCAAGCCGAAGAAUUCCUGAUCCCAAAGAAGAUUCUCUGCGCCUCUUCCACCUAUUUCAAAGCAGCUCUGACUGGUCAAUUCAUGGAAGGAAACACCCAAAAGAUUGUGCUGGAUGACACAGAUGCUGAAGUCUUUAGGACCUUCGUUGCGUGGCUCUAUCAGGGACAUCUCAAAAGCAGCGAAAUCGGCAAAGUGUUUACCAAAAUGGAUGAUUUCGAGGACCAUGUCACUUCGAUGCUGCUGUUCGCUGACAUGCGCGGUGUUCCCGAUUUGCUGAACGACGCUACCACUCUACUCUUGGACUACCUCGAAAAGACAGGUUUGGCUCGCUCGCUCACGAUUCAGCGUGUCUACAUGCUGCCUGAUGACUUCUGGCGAAGUAUGCUCGUGUGGUUGCUCUUUACCGAAGAGAUUCACUUCGGCUCUCGAAUCAAGUCCGAUGACAUACACCAACUACCAAAGGCAUUCAUCGUUAAGGUGCUGCAGGAAACAUUCGGGAUCGAACAACAGGAUAUCAGGAUGCAUGCCUCGCGCUUUUCCCAGUCAUUCUUCUGCUCCAGUUUUCACAAACACGGAAAAGGCGAGAAUUGCUCUCCGAGAGCUCUCAAUUAUUACGAUGGACCCGUUACCGUUCUUCUGCCCUCGGCGAUCGUGGAGAACCCUUCCAAGAAACGCAAGACAGCACAAAGAUGAACAAAAUCCAUCGAAGAAUCGGCGGCGUCUCCCAGGCAUAGCAUAAUGCGAAGGUUGUUAUUGGCA